UGACGUCACAUCCGUCGCGCAAGCCUGGUUGCGUCUAGCAAGUACCAGAGCCUGUGUUAGGAAGUGAAUUGCGUCUUAUUUGGUGAUAAGGAACAGCUGCGUACGCUGGAUAAACUGGAAGGACAGUGCGACAUUUAAGAAACACCAUGGAGGAACAAACUGCAGACAUAGAGGUGACGGUCAAAACAUUGGACUCCCAGAGCAGGACCUACACUGUUGGUGGUCAGUUGACAGUGAAAGAGUUCAAGGAGCAUAUUGCACCUUCAGUGGGGAUCCCUGUGGACAAACAGAGGCUGAUCUACCAGGGCAGAGUGCUACAGGAUGAAAGGACUCUGGCAGACUACAAUGUGGGUGGCAAGGUGAUACACCUUGUGGAGCGGGCGCCCCCUCCGCCGUCUCAGCCCGGCUCAGGGUCAGGAGGCACUUCAGACAGUGGGCCCUCCUCGUCCUCCCAAGGGCCAUCCCCUGUGCCUCCGCAUGAUCGCAAUGCUAACAGCUACGUAAUGCUGGGCACCUUCAACCUUCCUGUCAACAUCAUGGACCCUCAGCAGAUACAGAUGUCAGUCCAGCAGAUGGUGGGAGAGAAUGCCAGAAAUACCAGAGUCACAACCAGCACUGGGAGCAAUGGGUCUGUGAAUGUGCACAUUGAUAUGGACCAGCCAGUGCAGAGUGAGCCAAGGCUGAGGUUGGUACUCGCUGAAAACCUUCUGAGGGACGUCAAUGAUUUCAUCCAGCGGAUGGAGACUCGGCAGAGUGACUCAUCCUCACAAACUGAGACAACAUCUUCUGCCGCUGCUGCUGCUGCUGCUCCCGCCGCCGCUGCCCCGCCUCCUCCCUCAUCUUCUUCCACCACCUCCACUCCCUCUCCUUCCCAGCCCAUGGACACCUCCCCACCUCCAACAACCCCCCCACCUCCACCAACCUCCUCUUCAGGGCAGUCUGAGGGACCAACGCCCCAACCUGGACCCAAUCAUCCGAGCCCAGCCGAGCUGGCAGAGAUGUUGUCUGAGCUACGGAGGGUAGAAGAGAGACUUCAGCCCUUCAUCCAGAGAGCUCACACCAUCCUGGAGACAGCCACCACCACAGAAUACAACAACAAUGCAGAGAGAGAGGAGGACCAGCGCACUCUCGUUCUAACACUGGAGUGCCUCCGUCUCCUUGGUAACGCCCUUGUGGCCCUCAGUGACCUGCGUCUUAACCUCAUGAGCCCCGUACCCCGCCACCUGCAUGUGGUACGGCCCUUUUCACACUAUUCCACCCCAGUCACUCUGCCUGGAGCUGUACACCAUCACAUCCCGGUGCAAAUGAACCUGGGUGCCACAGUGACUGUUGCAGCCAACAACACUGAGGGACAAGCCCCAACCGCUCAGUCGGCCAGCCAAUCGGAGCAGGCAGGUCAGGGACAGACCCCUCCCCCACAGACUUCCCCGUCCAAUCAGCAGACGGGACAGGGACAGGCUGGCCCCCGGGUCAUCAGGAUCAGCCACCAGGCAGUCCCGGUGGUCAUGAUGCAGAUGAACACGGACGGCCCAGGUGCUAACCCGGCAGCGGCUGGUCAGCAGAUGCCUGGACAACCAGGUGCCCUCCCCCCCGACUUCAUGAGAAAUCUCAUGCAACAGAUCAGCCAAUACGCCGCUGCUGUAGCUACCAGUGCCGCCACCGCCGCUGCGACUGGUCAGCCGGUCCCACCCCAGCCCACCCCUCCUGGCUACAGCUCCACAGCCAACUCCUCAACUACCACCACAGGUCCUAACACACCCACCACCACCCCUACCGCUCCCCCACCGCCUCCCAAUGCUGGUCCCCAGGCCAGGGUUGUGUUCACCAGACCCCCUUUCGCACCCAACAUGCCCCCUCCGGCUUUUGGCACCCGAGGGACCACGAUCAACGUGAGGGCUGCAAUGCCCGGCCAGCAGCCAGGACAGGCUUUCAACCCUGCUGCUCUCAACCAGAUGAUUAGUGGACUAGUUGGACAACUUCUGCUGCCAGGACAAAUGGCGGGUCAAACUGUCACAUCUUCCUCCUCCACAUCCACAUCUGCCUCUUCCUCUUUUUCCUCCUCCUCUCAAAACUCCAACUCUUCCUCUUCCUCCUCUUUUUCUUUCUCCACCUCAGGACCAACACCUCCACCUACUGCAACCACUACUAGUUCACCGAGCCAGCCCGAGACCAACCCCACUGAGCCCCAGUCCCAGGAGAUGCCCCCAGACCUCAGCCAGCUCCUGGGCUCUCUCCUGGGGGUAGCUGGUGCACCUGGCCCCGGCCCCACAGGAGCCCCUUCUAUCACUGUCACAACAUCUGGUGUCCCGGCCUUCAUCCAGGGAGUGAGUGAAUUCAUGCAACAGGCCCAGCCCAUCUUCUCUCCACCACCCUCUGGUCCUGCUCCAGCUCCCGGUGCAGGGCCCAACCCAAUGCCCAACCCCACUGCAGCAGCCGAAGCCCUCAACCCAGAGUUGUUCACAGGCAUCGUCCGCGGUGUUCUCGGCACCAUGAUGGGCUCACUGGGCCAGGCCCAGAAUGACACGGAGAGCAUCGCUCAGUUCAUGCAGCGGCUUUCCCAGGCAACCAACAUCUUCAUCAGUCCCGAGGAUCCGACUGGGUUUUUUGGAGAGCUGCUGAUGUUGGUGUGCCAGACGUUCACCAUGUCGGACCUGGUGAUGCUGCUUCAUGGCCAGCACCAACCCCUGGGUCGCAUCCAGCCUCAACUGUCACAGUUCUUCACCCAGAACUACCUCAGUGGCAGAGAGCCCACCGACCAAAACAUUGCUGAGGCCGCCGACAGUCUCGUCAAUGAACUGGAGGAGUACAUCACCGAGAGCUUUAGAGAGUCUUCAGUCACCGUGUUGGACGGCGUUGAUGUUACUCAGACCAACAUGUCUUUCUUCAGACAUCAGCUGACUCGCAUCGCCACACAUAUUCUGCGUUGCACUGGUUUUUCUAAUCCAGAUGAGACAUUUGGACCCAGGCUGCUGCAGAUGUGUAACCAGGCACUUUUUGAGUGUCUUGCCCUCAACCUGCACUGCCUUAGAGGAGACCAGAGAGCUCUCACCGCAGUCAUCAACCACCGAAUACGGAGGAUGUCCAGUGAAAUCAGCCCCAGCCUGGUGAACUGGAUGACCAGCAUGAUGACAAUGAGGCUGCAGGUCAUUCUGGAGCACAUCCCGAUCACACAGGAGCAGAUCCAGAACUACAUUGUUCCCACACAGAGAGAUCAGUCAUCUGCAACUGGCACACAAGAGCUUGAACGAGCUCAAAGUGCGACGAUCGGGGACACCCUCUCACCAGCCGCAGCAACCACAGCAGAGGAGGCCAUGUCUGUGUCACAGGACACGAGGGCAUCACCACGGGAGACAAGGGUGUCGUCCGGGGACCUCGGGGCCUCGGGAGGCGCCGCACCGUUAGGUGGUGACAUGGCUGCAGCCGGAGCUGAGGGAGGGAGUGAGGAGUCUGCCGGCGAGUCAGAGGCCUGGGCGGCCGCUGUUCCCCCUGAGUGGGUGCCCAUCAUCAGGUGUGAUAUGAUCACCCAAAGGAAGAUGAAGGCCCAGCCGCCGUUGUCCGAUGCCUAUUUGCAAGGAAUGCCAGCUAAACGCAGAAAGACAGGACAGGGUGGUGCAAGCCUCCUCUCCCUCUCUGAUGCAGUGAGCCAAGCAGCCAGGACAACGGGAGUGAGGCCCAUCACCUCCGCUGAGCGAUUACAGGACGACCUGGAGACCCAGGUGACGAAGGAGGCGUAUGCCGAACAGGUUAAAGCUGACAUCAAGAAACGGGUGAGGGAAGACCCGGAUUUCAACUCUCAGCAGUUCCCCAAUGCGCAUAGAGCCUUCUCAUCAGACUCCUAAUCGACUUCAACUGAUAAGCACUCAAGCUGUCUUCAUCUGUUUUUAUUUUUGGAUAAUCAUAACUAACCUACUAUACUAUAACCCCCCCCCCCCCAAAAAAAUCUCUCGACUGUCUCUGUACCUUUUUUUAAGCAGUUAGCAGCUCUCGUGACUAAUUGCAUAACGCUAAUGUGACUGCUUCCCCAGUGCCUAUUUAUUACUCUGUUUUUAUUUAGGUCAAACCUUUGCUGAGAGAAUGUUGCCGAUCAAAAAGGUGUUGUAUUAGAUUUAGGUUUUGACUCCAUCUGGUGACUUUAGUUCUGUCGGGAUACUGCCCCCGCGUGCGUCCGUAUUCCUUUUCGCUUCCUUAUCCCUGUGUCGCUUUGUUAACAGGGAGUCUGGGUUCUUGUUGUGUAGUGGACUUUUGCCUUCCUCUCAAUAAAGUGCAAGAGUAUACUUUCAUGUGAUGAACAUGCUGUACAGUAAGCUUAAUAAAAAUCUUGAUACAA